GCAGCAGUGAGAAAAUUCUCAUGAUAAGCCGAUAGAAGUUGCCAUGUUGGUUAGAAAUGGCUUCUGUCAAAGGAUUUAGCAAGAAUAUCCCAUUCAUUAGACAACAAUUUCUUGCACUUUUAGGAAAUACUAGUGCAUCUGUGAAAUUUAUUUGUAUUGUUGUACUAUGUAGUUAUUUUCUGUCUUUCUCUGACGAGGCAGUCCGUGUAUUAAGUGUAACGCCAGGUUUCCUAUUGCCACCUGUAUUUUGGAUUUGGACUGCUUUUACAUAUUGUUUUCUUGAAAUCCAUUUUUGGGAAGUAUGUGUGGAUGUGAUAACAGUUGGUUUGUGUGGAAAACUCAUUGAACCUUUGUGGGGGGCAUUGGAAAUGAUGACAUUUUUUGCAAUUGUCAACAUGGGCGUUGCAGUUCUUAGUGCGUUUUUCUACCUAAUUUUAUAUGUGUGUACUUUCAAUACAGAUCUGUUGUUCACUGUACACAUACAUGGUUUAGCCGGUUACAUUGCUGGUGUUUCUGUGGCAGUGAAACAAAUUAUGCCAGAUCACAUGCUUGUGAAAACUCCUCUUGGCAAAUUAACGAACCGAAAUAUUCCAUUGAGUGUGUUCUUUAUGUCUCUCAUCUUUUGGUUGGUUGGCCUACUAGAAGGAACAUACCCAGCAAUGUUUUUGUCAGGAUUAUUAAUCAGCUGGACCUACUUGAGGUUCUAUCAGUACCACAGUAAUGGAACAAGAGGUGAUAUGGCAGACAACUUUACAUUUGCCAGUUUCUUCCCAAAUGUACUCCAGCCUCCCAUUGCACUACUUGGCAAUACAGUCCAUGGGUUUUUGGUUCGAGUUGGUAUCUGUCGCCGGACUAUACGGAAAUUUGAUAUGGCAGCAGCUCCAACAGGAAUCAUGAUCAGUUUACCUGGCAUUGAUCCACAUGACAUGGAAAGGAGAAGGCAAAUUGCACUAAAGGCACUAAGUGAGAGACUGAGCAAAGUGGAACCUCAGCCAGCAUCAACAGUUUCUUGGGAACAAGACAGAACCAAAGUUCCUGUUGGUCCAUUAACAAGCCAAAGUGUUACAAUCACAAUGCCCUCAGAAGAAACAUCAUCAAAACCUGCAGUUACUUCACCUGCUCCAGCAAGCAAAGCAAUCAGUAUGGAAGCUGAACUGUCAAAAACAUGAUGAUGAAAAAUCAGACUGGAAUGUGGUGAACUAUAUCAUAGGACAGAGAACUGUGUACUAUAUUACUAAUAUUUUAUGGGUUCCUUCAGCCAUCAAAUUCUUAUACAUAAUAUUGGGAAGAAAAUUUAUCUGUGUGAAAUAUCAGAUAUACUUCAGUUUAUGUUUAAACCUGUAAAAAGAAAAUAGGAAUGUUGAUCUGAGUAUGGAAUUGUUGCAGGUUAUGUUGCAUACAUUGUAUUUAAAGUAAAUGAUGGAAGUUAAGCAGGUAUAUGUUAUAGCACCAUUAUCCUUAAAGUCAUGUUAAUAAAUGCAGCAGUAUUCAUACAUAGGAAGUACAUCCAGUAAAUUUUAAUCCAUCAUGUAUAAGAAUCACAUGUGAAGGAAUAAAAGAACCAUUCAGUUUUCCUGCAUGUCACUUCACUGGCAUCUGUAGAGCUGAAAGUACCUGCAAAUAAGAACACUUCAGAAAUAACAAAUUUGAAUUAAAAAAAUUAAUGAGUAAUUGUGUCCAUGUAUAUCCUGUGGAAAAAUUUGAUGAAAAACAUGCAUUUAAAAUGGUCAUUGUUAUAUGAGAAAGGUUACUGGUGUAUGUUUUAUCAAAAGAACAGUUUAUACAGAUUAACUAAUUGUUGAUAUAUUAGAAUGAAGCAUUUAAUAAGGAGCACUCUUUGCUCGUCCUGUUAGUCUCAUGAUCUUAUGCACAGCCUCAUGGUUAGAACAUACUGUUCAUACAGAGUGCAUGCGCGCACACUAAUAGUCACGAAUGCCAAAUGUGUUUAUUAAUGCUGAUGUGGACAGAAGUGAACUGUAAUAAUGAAUUAGGUCAAAUAUUCACAUUUAUACUUAUUUUAUAGUCUUAAGUACUGCAAGAAAAAUGGAUAGUUUUGAGAAAAUAUGAAACUAAUUCUUGGUAGCACUGCUACUUGACUCAGAUUGGUGAAAAUAUGCAAAGCUACAUUAGACUGUGUUGCUUGUAAAACAUCAUGUCCUAAUAAAAUUUGCAUCUUUCUUCUUCUGAAGUUAUUAACUUUAUGUUUGUGUGAAAUAAGCUGUCUCAUUCCAUUGAAGUACAUGAAGAAAAUGCUUUCCCAAAAACAGAUACUACCAUAAUGGAAUUCCCACAGAUAUUUUUUCGCUUCUAACAUAUCAUCCUUAUUAUACAGGAAGGUUCUGUUUGCAGCUCUGUGCUUCAUGGUGACUAGUGCACUGCUAGCUGUGAUACAAAUUUUGCUGAUGAAUCAGUAUGCCUAUUGGCCAGUGACAUCCAGAUUGAAGUAGUUACAAUUCACAGAUUACAGGAGGCGUUGAAAACGCAGUCUGUCAAUUGUGGAUUGAUCUGACCUUUGAUGACAGACUGUAGAGAACAGUUACAAAAAUAAACCCAUCUAUCUGGAUCACACAGCUUUAAGCUGCGUUGUUUUAUAGGGUCUAAGCUUCAGUUGUGUUGCCCUUCUUGCACCAGACUCUGACACUCCACACUCUUGUGGUACACGUUUCAGCGAUUUUCUAGGUGCUAGUUUUUGUUCCUUGUCUACUAAGAGUCCUGUUGAUGUGAGUUUAUUCACCAAAUUUGUGGAUUGUGUCUGCUGGGAACUCUUUCAUCAUGAAACUUUCACCAACACUUUCUAGCAUAUCUGCAUUUCAUGUAUGUGUCAUACAUAGCUGCUUGCUAAUUGCAAUUAAGAAUAAAUGACUAGUGGAGCUGUUAACUGCAACCCGCUGCUGACAAAUUCCCAUGCAUGGACUGCACUGCUCACCAUGAAACAUAAUGCUGUCAAAGCAGUCCCCAAAGU